GUGGAGAGAGGUAUCGAGAAGCUCCAAUGCCAGAGGUGGAGAUGAAGGAGAAGGAGGCUCCCGAUGCGCACUUCACAGUGGACAAGCAGAACAUCUCUCUCUGGCCUCGAGAACCUCCUCCCAAGUCGGAUCUGCCUCCGGUCCUAAGGAAACCUCUCUGCCUCCAUGCGGCCGCCAUCUGUCUGUCGUUGAUGUUGGUCGCCAUUAUUGUGCUACAGGCUGUUUUCUAUCCCAGGUUGAUGGGCAAAAUAUUGGAUGUGAAGAGUGACGCCCAGACACUGAGAGGUCGCGUGGACAACAUCAGCAGCCUGGGUUCUGACCUCGAGAAGGUCAAAGGCCGCUUGGAGAAGUCUGGAGUUCAGAUAGAGACAGUGAACACCAGCCUUAAGCGGGUGCAUUCUCAGAUCGCGUCCUUGGAAGUCAGCAUGGACUUAGCCAGUGCUGAACUCGAGGCAUUAACAAAGAGCUGGGGAGAGGUUGCUAGUCUCAACGCCAAAAUCCCAGAGCUGCAAAGAGAUCUGGAUAAAGCCAGCGCCUUGAAUGCAAAGGUCCGAGGACUACAGAGCAGCUUGGAGAAUAUCAGCAAGCUGCUCAAAGGGCAGAGUGACAUUCUAGAGAUGGUGUCUCGAGGCUGGAAGUACUUCGAGGGGAACUUCUAUUACUUUUCACGUACCCCAAAGACCUGGUACAGCGCCGAGCAGUUCUGCAUUUCUAGGGAAGCUCACUUGACCUCAGUGACCUCAAAAUCAGAGCAAGAGUUUCUCUGCAAAGCAGCAGAUGGGAUUCCACACUGGAUUGGCCUCACCAAGAAAGGGAGUGAAGGGGACUGGUUUUGGGUGGAUGAGAUGUCUUUCAACAAGGAGCAAAGUGGGAGGUUCUGGAUUCCAGGUGAACCCAACAAUGUAGCGAACAAUGAACACUGUGUCAAUAUCAGGGUGUCCUCGCUCAAGUCCUGGAAUGACCUUCCCUGUGACAAUAGCCUCCUUUUCAUCUGUAAGCGGCCCCUCAUCUAA